CCAAGCUCUCUGUAUCGCGCUACGUUUAUAGAGUUUCAUGUUUUCGUUGAAUUUUUAAAGUAGCGCUAAAAGCUGUCGACGUGUAUCAAGAUUCCACAUUUUCUGAUAUAUGAUUCUGGCGGGUAGUCCUCAGCUUCGUGUCGUUUUUAUUAGGAAAAUGAAGCGUCCUUACAUUGCGCUGCUGAUAAUAUGUAUCUGUCAGGCUCGCGAUAGCCAUGGUCAGGAAUGUCCUGGUACGCAGGAGCUGCAGAGUUCCCUCCGUCAAGCUCACAAACUACUGUCGGCACACGAGGCCUCGUACCUGCAAAGCCUCCGCUCUCUGAGGAAGAAGCUGAGCUCACUGCAGAGUGGUGCCACCCACGGCUCAGCCAGGCCCAGCAACGGUACCUGUACAAAACUGGAGGCUCCCAUCAACGGCAGAAAGCUGGGAAAGGUUCUGCUGCCGGGUCAUGAGGUUCACUUCCUGUGUGACCUGGGCUAUGAGCUUGUGGGCUCUGAGACUCGGCAGUGUAAGGAGUCUCUCACCUGGAGCGGCCAGCAGCCAGUCUGCAAGGAAUUAAAUGAGUGUGCUUCCUCACCCUGUGCCAAUGCGGGAACAUGCACAGAUGAGGUGAAUGGAUUCACAUGUGCAUGUGCCAAAGGUUGGGCUGGGCCCACCUGCCAAUCCCCAACACCUACAUUUUUUCUCACCAUGACCAACAUCUCAGCCGGAGCCGCGGCCACCACCUCGGAUCCCGCAGCAAGUCCGUCUCGGUCCGUGCGACCAUCCAAGUGCAGCCAGGUACAGAGCACCACCCACUGCACCUGUGAGGCAGGAUACACCAUUUCAGGCCAGGACACCAGCAUCUGCACGGACAUUGAUGAGUGUGAAGUGUUCCAUAAUGGACAGGCAGGCCGCUUGUGUUUGCACGCCUGUGUUAACACUCCUGGUGGCUAUCGUUGCACGUGCCCCUCUGGCUACAACGUGACCCAUGAUGGCCGAAGCUGCAAAGACAUUGAUGAAUGCGCCACUCGGCAGAACAACUGCACCCGUGAUCAACUGUGUGUUAACACUUAUGGAAGCUUUCAGUGUGUUAAAGUUGAGUGCCCACGCUUCCGAGAUGCAACUUACGUCAAGACCUCCCCCACGCGCUGUGAGCGGAACCCGUGCCCUGUGGACAAUAAGGCCUGCCCACAGGCACCCAAUGCCAUCUCACACCACCACAUGUCUGUGGUGUCCAACCUGUCGGCGCCGCGUGUUAUGUUCCGGGUGUCGGCGGUGCGGGUGAUGGGCGACGCUCUUCGUUUCGCGCUGCUCGGGGGACGCGCCCGCCGCCACUUUGCUGUGCAGCGCUCAGACCGGCAGACAGGCGAGCUCCUGCUGGUAAGCCCCGUGCAGGGUCCCGCCGUUCUCGAUGUGGAGGUGGAAAUGAGCGAGCUGGAAAGGAGGGCACUGCUGGGCCGUUACAUCACCAAGAUAACGGUCUUCGUCUCACAGUACGAGUUCUAGCCGGAGCUAACUUCCCGAGGGGUAAGGGGUGACAGAAGCAUUAAUGCAUGCUUCCUGUAUCAAUGAUUACAAGAAUGUUUAGAAGACAUAUGAUUGGACAUUUCUUCUGUUCUUCUCAAAUGGAAAACAUUGUGUUCCACAUACAGUUAGACUUCUAGCUUAUAUAUGUCAAAGCAUGUGUAUUUAUAAAUGCUACACCAAAAUUUCUAAACUUUCUUUUCUCCAUCUACAUUAGACUUUUGCCAUUGUGGCAGGUCUCUGGCCCAUACUCAAGUUUUCCUGUCAUAUGUGUAACCAAAUAAAAUGAUGUUGCUUUGUGAGGAAAGCAACUCCAGUGGGUAUUUAACCAGUGCCACCCAGCCAUGGAAGGCUCUUGGUAUAGCUGGGCCUCAGACAUGAAUCCCAGCAGCCCGGUCCAUCUCUUCCCAGGAACAGAUGGCACCAUGUGGGAUGUGGCGCAGUCGUAUAAGCAGUAUGUACAACUCUCGCUGAAAAUAAUAUUGUGUGAGAGGAACCCUGACCCUGGGUUCUGUAGCACAGAGCAUAAAAAACGAGCAUUGGUAUAGUUUGGCUGGAUGUUCUCACUGACUGUAUCUGCCUGAGCUUCAUGACUGUAUAGUUUGGCUGGAUGUUCUCACUGACUGUAUCUGCCAUGAGCUUCAGUCACUGCUGCCAGCAUUGAAAUGAAAAAGAAGAGCUCUGUGAAAACAUGUAAAAUUGCAAUGAACCUAGAAAAACAAACAUUUGACAACUUUAGGUGAGGGUUGUGCUUUCUUAGAUUACCAGUACAUUUUCAACAAAAGGUCAAUUUUAGAGGUAAUUACACUUAUCAAACCAAGCUGAACAUUCGAUUGCUUCAAAUGUCAGUAAUUAUUGUAUUACUAUUGUAUUAUUGUAUUACUGUAGUUGUAUUACGCUUUUUGGUGUUAUUUAUUUUAAAGCAUU